GAUCUUGCUGGCCAUGAAGUUUCAAAAACUAAAGAGAGCAAGAGACAAGGGUGCUUAAACUUUACUGAAAACUAAAGGGUAUUGGUAUAAUGGCAACAAUAAACUUCAUCCUGGCUUUGGUCGUGGUCUUAUGCAUCAUAUUAAUACUUGCAACUGCAGCCCCAGUUAGUAGUAAUACUAACCAGACAAAUACAACCACUACAGCUCUGAGACCCAACAGUACCAACACUACCAGCAGCAACAAUUCUUGUAAUUGUGAAGAGCCAAAAGGAGAUCCAAUCUGUGGCAGUAAUGGCAUAACCUUCCCCAGUGCAAGUGAACUGUGUUUAUACAACUGUCGUCAAAAUAAAAGUCUUACGAUUAAAUAUGCUGGACGAUGUCGAAACUGUACUGAGUAUUCACUCAAUUUGAGUGUAAGGGGAACCAGCUCACAGGAAAGAAGGGACAUGUUAUUCAAAUGUUUGGCAAAGACAUACACACCUAGUGACCUUAUAUCCCCUCCUUACAAACCUGAGUGCUUCAGUGGGAAUGACAACCAUAUCUUUAAGCCAAAACAGGAGAACCGCCUUUGUCAUUUGCACUGGUGUGCAUCGCCUGAUGGAACUCCAAUUACAGGAACAGUUAAAUUUGACUAUCAGCCUUUACAGUGUGAUGGCAUUUGUACAGUUGGUAAUGUAACAUACAACAAUGGAGACAAGCUUAUGAGCUCGUGUGGAAUAUGUCAAUGCACAGAAGGAACAAUGUUAUGCUAUGAAGAAUACUGCGAGAUUGAAGAAGAUGACAUUUAUCUCCUCAACAGUUUAAAGAUGGACAUUUUAAAGUUCUUCAUUAUGCAAUACCAACUCUCUGAUGUAAGAGCUGAGGUUGGCUUGCAUUACAUCAGAAUCCAUACAAUAGACAUUCAAGAUAGUGAAACCCCAGCUUUAACUAGCUGGAAAUUCCAACACUACGACAUGGACAAUGAUGAAUCGCUAAGCCAAUCUGACCUUCAGCACUUCUAUGAUGAAGUCUAUAGACUUAUAGGAACAAAUUCAUUCAAGAGUCACUUUGAUCGCCUAUUAGACGCAGAUAACAAUGGAGCUGUAUCGAAGCAGGAGUUCAGGGAUUUAUUUAUACUAGAAGAAGCUAGUGGAUCUUUCUCGUCUUCUAGUGGCAGAAGAAGCGUGAACUAAAAAAAUUAAUCAAUUAUACGUACAUCAGAUGAGAUGUCCACUACGAAUCACUUUUUGGCACUCCCUGUUUUUUAUAUAAUAACUAUUUAU